GCCGGGGUAAGCCGCGGGGUCGGUCAUGCGGCUGCGGGGCCCGCGGCCCAGAGCGUGCGCCCAGCCCUGAGCGAGGCCCCGCAGGGCGCCCCCCGCCGCUGAGGAUGAGUCACUGCAGCAGCCGCGCCCUGACCCUGCUGAGCAGCGUGUUUGGUGCCUGCGGCCUGCUGCUUGUGGGCAUCGCUGUCAGCACGGACUACUGGCUGUACAUGGAGGAGGGCACGGUGCUGCCGCAGAACCAGACUACUGAGGUCAAGAUGGCGCUGCACGCUGGCCUCUGGCGGGUCUGCUUCUUUGCAGGUCGUGAGAAGGGGCGCUGCGUGGCCUCGGAAUACUUCCUGGAACCAGAGAUCAACUUGGUGACGGAAAACACGGAGAAUAUUUUGAAGACCGUGCGUACAGCCACACCCUUCCCCAUGGUCAGCCUGUUCCUCGUGUUCACCGCCUUUGUCAUCAGCAACAUCGGCCACAUCCGCCCGCAGAGGACCAUCCUGGCCUUCGUUUCUGGCAUCUUCUUUAUCCUCUCGGGCCUCUCCUUGGUGGUGGGCUUAGUUCUUUACAUCUCCAGCAUCAAUGACGAGGUCAUGAACAGGCCCAGCAGCUCGGAGCAGUAUUUUCAUUAUCGCUACGGGUGGUCUUUUGCCUUCGCUGCCUCCUCCUUCCUGCUCAAAGAGGGGGCCGGCGUGAUGUCGGUGUACCUGUUCACCAAGCGCUACGCCGAGGAGGAGAUGUACCGCCCGCACCCGGCCUUCUACCGCCCUCGCCUCAGCGACUGCUCCGACUACUCGGGCCAGUUCCUGCAGCCCGAGGCCUGGCGCCGAGGCCGCAGCCCCUCGGACAUCUCCAGCGACGUCUCCAUCCAGAUGACACAGAACUAUCCCCCAGCCAUCAAGUACCCGGACCACCUGCACAUCUCCACCUCGCCCUGCUGAGGCCGGCGUGGGGCCGCACUCUGCUGACCCUCGCCUUCCUCUUCCUCCCAGCUCUGCAACCCCUCGCUCCCACCGACCUCGGCCGCGAGGGGCGCCUAGCAGCCUCAUCAGGCGGGCCACGCCCACCAGCUCUCAUUGGAGUAAUUCUGCCCUCUCGAGGAUGCUGCGCCCCCACAACUGCGGGCCACUCCCACAACUCAUUUCCGUAGCUCUAUGGAGGGUGCCGCCCGCUCAUUACCUUAGGCCAAGCCCACCAUCCCUCAUUUUAAUAGCUCCUCCCCUUUGGGGAGGGCUACACUGUUGCAUAGCUGGGCUACACCCACCAACCAAUUUCAAUAGCUCAAGAUGUUGCCCUGCCCCAUCACUAAGCAGCAUCCACUACCCAAUUUCAAUAGUUCC